GCUCCUGCUCCCACUCCCGCUUCGUCUCCUGCACCCCACCUCCUCCCCUCCUCCUUCUCCGCCCCCUCCCCCCCCCUCGGUCCGUGCAGUGACUUAAGCAACGGAGCGCGGCGAAGCCCAUUUUUCCCCUUCCUCGCAGCGCCGACGAGCCCGCGGCUCGCCUCCCCCCACACGCCCUCCGCCCCGAGAUGAAUUGUGCGGCUGAAGCCGAGUUCAACAUCCUUCUCGCCACUGAUUCUUACAAGGUUACUCACUAUAAGCAAUAUCCACCCAACACAAGCAAAGUUUAUUCCUAUUUUGAAUGCCGUGAAAAGAAGACUGAAAACUCCAAAGUAAGGAAGGUGAAAUAUGAGGAAACUGUAUUUUACGGGUUGCAGUACAUUCUUAAUAAGUACUUAAAAGGCAAAGUAGUGACCAAAGAAAAAAUCCAGGAAGCCAAAGAAGUCUACAGAGAGCAUUUUCAAGAUGAUGUCUUUAAUGAAAAGGGAUGGAGUUAUAUUCUUGAGAAAUAUGAUGGCCAUCUUCCCAUAGAAGUAAAAGCAGUUCCUGAGGGUUCUGUCAUUCCCAGAGGAAAUGUUCUCUUCACAGUGGAAAACACAGAUCCAGAAUGCUACUGGCUUACCAAUUGGAUUGAGACUAUCCUUGUUCAGUCCUGGUAUCCAAUUACAGUAGCUACAAAUUCCAGAGAGCAAAAGAAAAUUUUGGCAAAGUAUUUGAUGGAAACAUCUGGUAACCUAGAUGGCCUGGAGUACAAAUUACAUGAUUUUGGCUACAGAGGAGUCUCUUCACAAGAGACAGCUGGUAUAGGAGCAUCUGCUCAUUUGGUUAACUUCAAGGGAACUGAUACCGUAGCAGGAAUUGCUUUAAUUAAGAAAUAUUAUGGAACAAAAGACCCUGUGCCUGGAUAUUCUGUUCCCGCUGCAGAACAUAGUACCAUAACAGCCUGGGGCAAAGAUCAUGAAAAGGAUGCUUUUGAACAUAUAGUAACACAGUUUUCAUCAGUGCCUGUGUCUGUGGUCAGUGACAGUUAUGACAUUUAUAAUGCAUGUGAGAAAAUCUGGGGUGAAGAUUUAAGACAUUUAAUUGUAUCAAGGAGUGCAGAAGCACCACUAAUAAUUAGACCAGAUUCUGGAAAUCCUCUUGACACUGUAUUAAAGGUUUUGGACAUUCUGGGUAAGAAGUUUCCAGUUACUGAAAAUUCAAAAGGCUAUAAAUUGUUGCCACCUUAUCUCAGAGUUAUUCAGGGAGAUGGAGUUGACAUCAAUACUUUGCAAGAGAUUGUUGAAGGCAUGAAGAAAAAAAAAUGGAGUAUUGAAAAUAUUUCCUUUGGUUCUGGUGGAGCUUUAUUACAGAAGUUAACAAGAGAUCUUUUGAAUUGUUCCUUUAAAUGCAGUUAUGUGGUUACCAAUGGCCUUGGAAUUAAUGUCUUUAAGGAUCCAGUUGCUGAUCCAAACAAAAGGUCAAAAAAGGGCCGACUAUCUCUACAUAGGACACCUACUGGAAAUUUUCUUACCCUUGAGGAAGGAAAAGGAGAUCUUGAAGAAUGUGGUCAUGAUCUUCUCCAUACUGUCUUCAAGAAUGGAAAGGUGACAAAAAGCUAUUCAUUUGAUGAAGUACGGAAAAAUGCCCAAUUGAGUAGUGAACUGGAAGCGGCACCUCAUUAAGCUUUGUUCUCUGUGUGUGUGAGCCUGCGUGUGUGAGUGUGUGAUGCAUAGAUAAUAUUGUACAGAUCUGUGUGUGGGGUUUAUGUGUUUUAUGAUACAUUACAGCCAAAUUAUUUGUUGGUUUAUGGACAUACUGCCCUAUUUUAUUUUAUUUUAUUUUAUUUUCUGCCAGUCUUUAGAAGAUCUCAAAUUAGGAAAUGGCACUUAACUGUGUAAAAGAUUUAAUGCUGAAGUAAGCUUUUUAGGGCCCUUUGCCAAUAGAUAGUGAUUCAAUCUGGUAUUGAUCUUUUCACAAAUAACAGAGAACUGAAAAACUUUUUUAUAUAUAACAAUAUCACAUAAAACAGAUUUACAUAAAAUUAUCAUGAUUGCUUUAUGUUUAUAUUUAACUUGUAUUUUUGUACAAACAAUAUUGUGUAAGAUAUAUUUAAAGUUUCAGUGAUUUAACCGUCUUUCCAACUUUUCAUGAUUUUUAUGAGCACAGACUUUCAAGAAAAUACUUGAAGAUAAAUUUCAUUGCCUUUUGUCCAUUAAUCAGCAAAUAAAACAUGGCCUUAACAAAGUUGUUUGUGUUAUUGUACCAUUUGAAAAUUGAAUCAGGACUGUACCCUUUAGAAUUACUGACCUCACUGCCCCAUGUAGAAUUUAUGAACCAUUCUACAUUAAAGAAAAUUAUUGUUGUUACUGGAAUGUUUAGGCACUAUAUGCAGAGUCCAUACCUUCCUAAUGGGUAUAAGGUAUAAAAGUGAAAUGCCAAAUUUGAGAGGAGACAGUAUUGCAAUUUGUAUGUCAGAUAUUGCCUAUGGAUCUAAUAUGCACCUCAAGAUUUUAAAGAGAUAAUGUUUUUAAGAAAAUUACUCUUCCACUGUAGAAUAUAUACAUAUAUGUAAAAUAUUGACAGAUGUGGAAGUGGUGUAUUUUAAAGUAAUUACACUUCUGGAUUUAUUUUUCAUAUUCUAUAGAUAAAUAUGAUUUCAGAGUGAAAUACUGGCUGGGUAGUGCACUAUUUUGUUUUCAUUUUUACUUUUAUAUUUCUCAUUAGGAUUUUUCUUCCUUUUGUCAAAAUGAAUGUUAAAUUGUACAAAUAUAUUUUAUCAACUUUUAAAAGAAAUAAACAACACUUCAAUAAAA